AUGGCUGACUCCUUUCAAACUCCAGCCUGGAGGGAGAUGACAAAUGGAGGGGGGCACCCCCACUUUAAAAACGGAGGUCCGAAUGGGGGUUCCCACAGCACCACACGCUACAUGGUGAAGAAGCAGCGCCACAGACGCAGGUCCUCCUCACCCAUGGGCAGGGUCAUCCUCAUCAAUGCACCUGUUGAUGGAGGGGAUGACAGUGAAGACAUUCACACAGUGACAGUAGAUAAGAGUCCAGAUGGGCGUCUGGGUUUCAGUGUCCGCGGGGGCUCUGAACAUGGACUCGGCAUAUUUGUCAGUAAGGUGCAGGACAACAGCCCUGCAGCGGAGGCUGGGCUGACUGUGGGUGACAAGCUGGUGGAGGUGAACGGGGUCAGCCUGGAGAGCAUCACCAUGAGCAGUGCUGUGAAGGUCCUGACAGGAAACAACAGGCUGAGGAUGGUGGUGAGACGGGUGGGCAAGAUCCCCGGCAUCCGCUACUCUAAGGAGAAGACCACAUGGGUGGAUCUGAUUCACCGGCGGAUGGUAGUGGAGGAGAGCGGUCGUACCCCUUCAGAGGCCAGUUCGGACAGCGCUCUUCGCAGGAUCGUACAUCUCUUCACCACGUCAGAUGAUUAUUGCUUGGGCUUCAACAUCAGAGGAGGACGAGAGUUUGGAUUGGGGAUUUAUGUGUCUAAGUUGGACCCAGGUGGACUUGCAGAGCAGCAUGGCAUCAAAAUGGGGGAUCAGAUCCUUGCAGCUAAUGGUGUGAGCUUUGAUGACAUCACUCACAGCAAUGCGGUGGAGGUCCUGAAGAGCCACACCCACGUCAUGUUGACCAUCAGGGAAGCUGGCAGAUACCCCGCGUACAAGGAGAUGGUGGCAGAAUACGGCUGGCUGGAAAAGUUAGCCAAUGGAGGCCCUCCACCAUCAUCACAGGGUUCAGACUCCAACUCUUCUGCUUCGUCAUUGUCCUCCACCACCCCUCUCAGUUCCCUCAGUGGUCUCUCCCAGGUCCUCUUCCCUCCUGUCUUUGGCUCAGAGAUGGUAGACAUUGGCAUCUGCACUGAGGAUCACUCCCGACGUCCGAGCAGUACUGAUCGAACUGCUGACUCUGCCAUACAGACUGAACCCCAACCUCCAAACUACCAGGACCACCUGUUGCCUAACGGGUCACACCCCGAAAGGCUGUCCACCACAGAAACAAGCCGGACUGUUGGUGCCACAUUAGUGUUGAAGGACACGGUCAUACGUGGGAAAGGAGAAGGGCCAAGGGAGAUGGGAGGAGCUGGAGAAGGUGGACAGGGACGGGUGAAAACGCUGUCAUCAGGGAAGCAGGAAGUUGAGAAACACUCACCAAAGACAGCAGCUCUGAUGGCCCUCAGCAGACCGAGGAAGCCAAUCAGUCGUUCCCAGAGUCACAUCACAGAGUCAGAGGAGAGACAGAAGAAGAAAAGGCAACACAGGGAGAAAAGCUCAGAAGAGGGUAAAACUAGUCUGAAACGCUCCAAAACCUUUGUCAACCUCUUAUUUAAGAAAGACCGAAAAGAGAGGAGUCGCUCCAAGUCGCCGUCUCACCGUGCAAACAAAGAUAAGGAACGGGGGCGCCCAUUCCACCUCUUGACCUCCCCGAGGGAAUCCCGAGCUGGCAGCCCACUGCCCCGACUCGAGGUCCUGCAGCACGUGGAGGACAUGGCAAAGAAACUGCUCAGUCAGGAUGAGGUGGCCGCUGUGAUGAGACACUGUCGGCGAUUUCUGUCCGACUCUGUGAUCGAGGACUUGGUGCGUCCCCUUCUGGCAAUCUUGGACAGGCCAGAGAAACUGCUGCUUCUCAGGGAAAUAAGAAUGCUGAUACCAACGACUGAGUUGGGUCGCUUUGACAGCAUGGUCAUGCCUUUUGAGCUGGAAGCGUACGAUAUUCUCAAGAGUCGCUCAUCGCGUUCCCCGGCUCUGCGUUCUCCUCGUAGUGGAACUCCUCGUCGUCACCUCAUCACCCCAAUCCCAGACUACAAGGGUGGAUUUUGUCUGCAGCCGGUCCACGACAGACUGCAUGAGCGCCGGUUGAUCGAGGAGUUGGAGAGACUGCGUGUGUCAGGUCAACGGUCUGGCCAUCUCUCGCCAUCCCGUGCCUUCACCCCUCUGCUGGAUGUACCUGUGGACAACUAUGUAUCCUCUGUGCGCUCCCGUUCCCCAAGCCCCUUGCCCACUCACAGCUUCCUCCUCAAAGAAUCCCCACACAGCACUAAACGUGGCCACCAACCCCAUCGAUCCCCAAUCAGAAGAGAGAAUGGGGCGUCGUGGUACGAUGAGGUCUCCUUGUUGUCCGUGUCUGACCGAGGGGACGAUGAACGAGGGCGGUCACCUGUGAGGAAUGGCCAUGGGAGAGUGAGGAGAGAGGGCAGUCCUGACAGUAUAUAUGGCAGACAGAGCCGGCAAGAGGGCUACACGGAGGUCAGCGUACACGUUCCCUCACAGCAGAGAGGCAGAACCGCUCUGGCUGAGGUAUUUGAUCCCCAGAGGGAGAAGAGCCCGUCCAAGGCCGGGAGUACUCAGCAAGUGAAUGGACACUCACAAAAUGGUCAAAAAGUGAAAGGAAGACAAACUCUACCUCCCAAGGAGUGUGAAAUCGCCACUUUGACCAUUUCCAAGGCCAAGCACUCACUGGGUAUUAGUAUCUCUGGAGGUGUAGAGUCUAGAAUCCAGCCCAUGAUAAAGAUUGAGAAAAUCUUUCCAGGUGGAGCUGCAUCUACAAAUCAGGCUUUGAAGGCAGGGUACGAGCUGUUGUCUGUAGAUGGAGAGAGUCUGGAGGGAGUGACUCAUCAGCACGCCGUGGAUGUAAUUCGGCGUGCAUUCAGCAACAAGGCCAAAGAGCCGAUGGUUUUUGUGGUCAAGGUCCCUAAGGUCUCUACCGACCCCAGCAGCCCCAACAGACUUGCUGACUAA